CCUCCAGGCGUUUCGUUGGCCGUCACGAGGGGCCCCUGAAGGCGGCGCAGGCGCGGAAGCCUCUCCUCCCGCUGUUUGUGGUUAGUACUUCUCCCUCCGAGGCAUCGCGGAGACGUGAAAGAAAGAGAGCGCCUUCGGUUCGAGAGUCCGGUCCUGCCCCGUGAAAUUGUUUGAAAAUGUCACUAUAUCCUUCGCUAGAAGAUCUAAAGGUGGACAAAGUAAUUCAGGCACAAACAUCUUUUGCUUCAAAUCCAGCUAAUCCUGCAAUUCUGUCUGAAGCCUCAGCACCUGUCUUUCAAGAUGGAAGUCUUUAUCCCAGACUGUAUCCUGAACUUUCCCAGUACAUGGGUCUAAGCCUGAACGAAGAAGAGAUACAGAGAAACAUGGGAAUGGUUUCUACUGCAGAUUCACAGGUGCUUGUUGCAAGGCCUUCAGCAGCGAAUUACAUGGUGGCUCCAGUAACUGGAAAUGAUGUUGGAAUUCGUCGAGCUGAAAUUAAGCAAGGGGUUCGUGAAGUAAUCUUGUGUAAAGAUCAGGAUGGAAAAAUUGGUCUUCGGCUUAAAUCAGUAGACAAUGGCAUAUUCGUCCAGUUGGUUCAGGCAAAUUCUCCAGCAUCACUCUCUGGCUUACGAUUUGGAGAUCAGGUUUUGCAAAUCAAUGGUGAAAACUGUGCAGGAUGGAGUUCUGAAAAAGCCCAUAAAGUUCUGAAGCAAAUACCUGGAGAGAGAAUUUCAAUGAUAAUUCGUGACAGGCCUUUUGGGCGAACUAUUACCAUGCAUAAGGACAGCACAGGACAUGUUGGCUUUAUAUUCAAAAAUGGAAAAAUAACUUCAAUAGUGAAAGACAGUUCAGCUGCUAGAAAUGGACUUCUGACUGAACACAACAUAUGUGAAAUUAAUGGGCAGAACAUAAUUGGCCUGAAGGACGCUCAAAUUGCAGAUAUAUUGUCAACAGCUGGAAAUAUAGUGACAAUCACUAUCAUGCCUUCUCAGAUCUUUGAACAUAUGAUAAAGAGGAUGGCUUCAAGCAUUAUGAAGUCUCUUAUGGAUCAUACUAUCCCUGAAGUCUAAUACUCAGUUGAUAUGCAUGUGAUUGAAAACAACACUGCUAAGCAUUGGCUACUAUUUACUCUGCAACAUUUUUUCUGCACAUGAACCUUUCUUUUAAGCCAAGAUGAGAGAUGCUGCAUUGAGUAUUUGCAUUGUUAUGGCUGAGAAUGUUCAAUACAACAUAUUACCUUGCUCUGACUGACUUUUCUAGCCUUAUGUUUGUCAAAACAAACUGCAUAAUGUUUUUUCAUAAGAUGAUCUUGUAUAAUUCAACACUAUUUCUAUAAGCCAUUAGUAUCAAUGAAGCUGUCUCCUGCAAUUGUUAGUAUUUGCUAUCUGUGCUCUGUGUAUACAGCUGCUCCUAGUCUUUCUGUUUGAAGAAUGUUUAGAAUUCUGUGUAGUGCUAAUUAACUGGUUCUAGUAAUCUUGUUUACAAAGCAUGCCAGUUAAACUGAGCAUAGCUAGUAUUUAUCAUUCCAUUGAUAUUUUAAAUAGUGUGUUUUGCAGAUGACCAUUUAGGUUUAUCUCACUGCUUACAGAAUCACUCUACUGUAUUUAAAUUCUAUUGCCUUAAACAUCUUAAAUUAGAAGUAAAAAAAUUAAACUUUUGCAACUGUCAGUCGUAAACUGCACUAAUUCUUCUAAGUUAAUGAUUCAAUGCAAAGGAACAUGGAGGAGUGAAGAAUAAAAUGCCACUGGCCUGUAAAGUA